AUGGUAGAACAAGGCUUUAAUUUCUUUGACAAAUUGUUUCGAUCUGGUUAAAAUAACAAGAUCUAUUGUCCUCAUAUUAUGGACCUAGAUACCCUGAACAAAAUGCUCCGACUUUCAUACCCUGACCUCUCAGCAAGAAAGAUUAAAUCUGAACAAUACUCACUUAUUAGAGAAUGA